CAUAAGAUCAAUGGCGAGUUCGCUGAAAAAGAUUAUAGCUGGUGAUGAGAGAACAGUUUACAAUGAAGAAAAGUCUUUAAAUCUCCAAUGAAUCCAUUACUUUGGAGAUACUUAUUUUAACCAGAACGCACAAACAAUUAAACAAUAUGGAAGCCAAAUUCUAAGUUUUAGUAAUACCAAGAUCCUAAACCAAAACUAUUUGAAAGAUUUCGCCAAGUCCAAAACUUGAAUCACAAAAUGCCAAAGGCUCUAUAUUGGCACUAAAAAUGGAACUUUGAACAAGAAAAUGAUUACUGUAUUGAAGAAUUUGCAUUUAUCAAUGAUCGAAAACUUUGACUUAGCAAAGACAGAUGGAGGGAAGCUACUAUGUCUAAGUUCAUUCUUACCAUCUCUUCUCAGAAUAGCGCCAUUUGUCACAAAUAAGCUAGCUUUACAUAAAGUGAAGAUUUCGAAGAGGCAUCUUCAGAAACUUGUGGUAUCCUUGAACUUGGCUACCUCGUUAUCUUUUCAUUCUUGUGAAAUCAAUUCUGAGGGUGUAUUUUUCCCAAAGGACUUGAAAACCAAGCUCAAGAACAUUCUUUUUGAUACAUGAGGAGAUAAGCAUCUUCACGAUCUCCAGGAAGGAGGUUUUUCCAAUGAUUCUGGUUAUAGUGAUUAUUUCGACUGGAGUGAACAUCCUACAAGACUUUAUUCCAUACUCGAAGCAAUUGGCCAAUCCUCACUUAAGUUCUCUCUUAGCCAAAUCAUCAUAUUUUCAGAUUUCUCAGAAAGCGAGUUGGUUAGAAUGAGGAGGAAGUGAGGGAUCUCCCGUAUUGCUAUUCAGGGGUAUGAUAAAACUAACGGAAUUAACUUUGAAGUCAAGGGAUUAUAA